CCAAACAGCCGGAGUAACCCUUCGCCUCCCGCGGAGAAGCUGCAAGGAAGUGCAUGGAGCGGCCUCUUUAAGGGGAAAAGUUUUAAGGGGAAAAGUUUUGAGUUCUUGCGGCGGAAAGGUGCAAAGGGGGCCCGGGGGUGGGUGGGGCGGGAUCCGCGUUGGGUUCACGUUUUCUCACGAAGAGCCGUGGCCUCUCGCUCUUCUCCCCGAGUCAAACUCCCAGGAAGAGGCGGGUGAAGAUGUCCUCCCGGCCGCGUUUGACUGGCAAGUCGGAACAUGAACAGCCGAGGGCAAUGUAACACCAGAAGAUGGCAGGGCGGCCUGAGCUUGGGGACCCCCUGGGGGAGGGCGCUUGGGGCGCCGAGGGGCCUGUCAGCUCUUGCUUGGCUGGCAACCGGCUCAACUUGGACGUCUAUGCAGAGGGCUGCCUUUCCUUCCUUCGGCUGUUUGAGACAAGAAGUGAAGAAGUGGAGCAGGUGGAAUUCCUGAGACUGAGCUGCAACGAGGAGCAUAUUGCUUCCAUCCUUAGCAUCAUUCCUGCUCUGAAGGGCCUGAAAUCUCUUGUGCUCAAAGGUGGACACACCAGGGAUGAAGCUGGGGCUUGCCAGAGAGGAUUGCUUUUUUCCUUGCCCCAAGAGCUUGGAGAGUUAACCCAGCUUGCCCACCUCGAUCUCAGCUUCAACAACUUCACUGCGUUGCCACCCUGUGUCACCAAGUUACUCAGCCUCAGGAGUCUUUUGAUCAGCCACAACAGCUUGCAAGAGCUGCCGGAGGACUUUGGCCAACUCAGUGAGCUGACUUUCUUCUCAGCAAUGAAGAACCAGCUCAGAGAUCUACCUCAGGGCAUUGGAGAGCUGGUAGCACUGCAGACUUUGGACCUUUCAGAAAAUGCACUGAAAUCCCUUCCAGAAGAGAUUGGGAAUCUUCAUAGUUGUAUGGAGCUGGAUCUCUCUGGGAAUCUGUUGACUGGAAUCCCUGCCUCCCUUGCCAAUUUGCAGUCUCUGCAGCAGCUGCAUCUUCACAGCAAUCUCUUGGUGACAGUCCCUGCAUCCUUGGCCCACCUCCCCAACUUGUCCAGGCUUGAUCUGCAGAAUAACAGGCUGCGCACCAUCCCUCCAGAGAUCCAGAGCUUGCCCUUUGUGCAUCUGCGAGGUAACCCUCUAGGAGAACCUGAGGUGCCUCUACAACCAGAAAAUUCAACUUCGGAAGAACCGAGAAGGUUGUUUAUUGAAACUGGUGAGAGCAGCUUUAUAGUGACCCCCGAUGGCUGCAGAGUUUCCUUGGCUUGUGGCAUCCAACUUUCGUUUCCCCCGGGUGCCACCACUACCUCAGUCACUAUCCACUUCCAAAAAUGCUUUCCUGAUCCGCAGUGGGUAAAGCUGAAGCACCAUGAUGUCUUGCUGAGCAAAGUCCUGGAGUUGCAACCUCAUGGGAUUGGCUUCCAGAAGGAAGUGCAGAUCCAGAUGCCUUAUGCUUCCCCUCAGAGUCUGAAUGAUCGUGAGAUCAUCAUUCGAACCCUCAGUGGAGAAAAGUGGAGUGAACUGGGAACCAGAGUGAAGCACAAAGGGAAGAUGCAUUUCGCCUGCUGCAGUGUUCCUCACUUCUCCUGGUUUGUGGUUGUCUCCCGCCUUGUGGAGAACGAAUGCAGAGUUCCUCAGGAGGGGGCACUGCUUUUCUCAACAGUGGACCCAAACAUCAAAGUGACCUUCCCUCCUGGCGUGACAGAGGAGACUAGGACAGUAAAACUCCAGGUGUUGCCAGUGUCAGCAGAAGAGCUCCAGGAGAUCACAGAAGACAAUGAAAUGGUCACCAGCCCCCUCCUCUUCCUCUCCCAGAAUUCCCCUGCGGACUUCCUCCAGCCUGUUAAAAUUCAGCUCCCGCUGCCACCAGGGGUCACAGGUCUAACCUUGGAUCGUUCCAGAGUCCAUCUGUUGCAUGGGGACAGAAAUGCUCAGAACUGGGAUGAUAUCACAGAUCAAGUGGUGCUGGAGUUCACCCAUCUUUAUGCUUUGUUUGAAGUCACACACUUCUCCUGGUACUGGUUAUGGUGCACCACCAAAUCCUAUAUUGAUGGCAUUGCUAAAAAGGUCUAUAAAAGACUGCGCAUGUACCAAGUGAACUUUAUCGCUCUACAAAGGAAGAAAGACCCAGAACAAGUUCUGCUGCAGUGUGUCCCAAAGCACAAGGUUGAUCCUGUUUUGAAAAAGCUUCAGGACAGAUAUCGCGGUCCUGAGCCAUCAGAUAUGGUGGAGAUGCUUGAAGGAGAGCAGUUCUUUGCAGCCUUUGAACGAGGCAUCAGCAUCGAUGCAGAUCGGCCAGACUGCAUUGAUGGAAGGAUUUCAUUCAACUUCUUCUCACAUUUGAAAAAUGUGAAGGAAGUUUAUAUCACCUCUGAAGUGGACAGGAAAAGCACUGCUGUGAAAGGACAGGUUUCCUUUUACCGAGGAGCUGUUCCAGAGAACAUUCCAGAAGAAGUUAGCAAGAGGAGAAAAGGCCCAGAUUCCCAUUGGCUAGCUACCUUGCCAAUCAAGCUACCUAAACUGAAAUCUCAGGAGAAUAAACAACCUACGACCUCAAAUGGCUUCUCUCUUCCCCCUCUGAAUUUGGGGAAUGCAGAAACUGGCUACCUCACACAGUCCAAUCUACUUGGCAUUGCUGGUCGCAUAGGAGCGGACUGGCAAACUAUAGGCUUACACCUGGGAUUGUCCUAUCAGCAGAUUCAGAGGAUUCAGUACAACAACAGGGAAGACCUCAAUACUCAGAUUCUGGAUAUGCUCUUCUCUUGGGCUCAGCAAAAUGAAAAGAAGCCUGACUGCGUAGACCAGCUGAUCUGUGCCAUGAAGGAGAGUGACCGCCAAGACAUAGCCGAUGAAAUUGUGGCCAUAAUUGCACUAGGAAAGCAAAAAUACAGGGAGUCCAUCCGGAGAGUGGGCCUGGACCAGGAGAGUAGCACUGAAGAUUCAGCCAUCGCUAUGAUGUAGCUGCCAUCAAAAGUCCACCAUUACUGUGUUAGUUACCAUAAUGUGCCAGGGGCCUGCUGGAGCCACGGGAAGGACUGGCAGUGGAUCAGUAUAUUCCUGACCGUUCCAAAGGCAAAGGUGGUCAAUACCUUGUUUCUAGCCCUUUACCCUAAUGCCUGGAUUCGGUCAAGACCCAACACAUACCUUCAUCAUGAUAACUGGAAAUGGGAAUGCCCUGCUGGAUAGGGAACAGCAUCACUAGACUGGAGACAAUAUGGACUCUCAAUGUUUUGUAUCAUUAAUAUAUUUAUUUUAUUUCUAGCCCUGCUGCUUAGGAAAGUAUCCUUUCCUGGAAUGUGUGUCAAAUGUGAGUAUACUUAACAUUAACAUCCACAAAAAAAAGUUGAUAAUAGACAAAACUCAAUCAUGGUGUUUGAAAAUCACCCACCAAGGCAUAAAUGGUUCCUAGAUGCUGAAGGUAUAGAACAGGUUAGUUCAUUUGCAUACCUAGGUUUAGUAUUCUUGGGGUCAGGAUCAUGGCCUCUGCAUUUUCACUCUUGUGCAAUUUAUUUAUUUAUUUAUUAUUCAAACUUAUAUGCCACCACUCCCCUAGGGCUCGGGGCGGCUUACGCGAACAGGCUAAAAUCAACAAUUAAAACUAGGGCACACUCAAAAACUACUAUAUAAGACUACUAUUCCAUAGAUACUGUAAAGGACUUGUAAAGAUUAAGGCUCUUUCAGGCAGGGGGGGAAAACUUUUUAUCCCACCGCUGCUACCAGUUUGUAAAGGAUUUAUAACGACUGCCACCAAUUUGCAACGUGGCGGCACUAGUUGGCAAGGAGGUGCCUCCAAUUGCAGCAAUGCGCGACCACCAAAGACUCAGGGAGGAGACCUUUUACUUUUUUUUUCUUCUUCACUUUAGAUACCAUGUUUCCCCGAAAAUAAGACAUCUCCUGAAAAUAAGACCUAGUAGAUGUUUUGUUGAAUUGCUGAAUAUAAGGGCUCCCCCGAAAGUAAGACCUAGCAUACUUCUUGUUUGGAAGCAUGCCCGCCAAACAGAGCACCAGAGCAUGCAGGAUCGGUAAAUGUACAUACCAUAGAUUGUUGUACAUGGAAAUAGUGGUACUAACAAAAAAAUCUUGAUAAGAUUCACAGGUUUGUGAUGACAACUACUGAACAGUAUAUAAAAAAAUAAAUAAAAACUUUAUUUUUAUAUCUCGCCUCUUCUCCCUGAAGGGACUCGGGGCGGCUCACAACAAUGUUCAUUUUUUUUUGGUUCAACAAUAAAUGUGAAUUCUUUUUCAUGGAAAAAUAAGACUUCUCCAGAAAAUAAGACCUAGCACAUCUUUGGGAGCAAAAAUUAAUAUAAGGCACUGUCUUAUUUUCGGGGAAACACGAUAGUAGCGUAAUUUGGUUUAGAAUAUAUGCGACAGAGGCUUGGAGGUUGAAAGACAAUAACAAGUUUAUUCAGGUACAUAAGCUUAGCGGUUUCAAUGUUGCUUCUUACUUAGAGGUACACUUCUUCAACAGUUACAAUGAUAACAUAUGAUGAAACAACUCUCAAAAGGAUUAUUUUUUCCCUUGAGCAGUUUAAACUUUUUUUCUUCUAACUGACGUUCUUAAUUCAACUGAUCACUACAAAUCUAACUGGGAUUCCUUCCUUUUAUCACUCAGACUCCACUGCUAAUGCAAAUAAGUCACUUGACCUGUUUAAACCGACAUAAGCUAGAGAUCUGAACUUCCCUGGUUCUCACUACCUCAGAACCAGUCUUUCCCUGUGAUCACAGACUCUUCCCUGUGACUCUCAGAUCACAGACUGAGUUUCUUUUCAAAUUCUGCUCUCUCUUCUGCUAAACGACAGUUGGCUCCGCCUACGUUUCUAUGGCAACCUGCCUCAGAAUGCUGAGCUGGCUACCAUCCCCCACGCACUGAUAACUCUAAUACUUACCCAUUCCAAACAUAUACCUAUAAUUAAACAUAACAAAUGUAAACUAAAAUUUACACUUCACCACAGAUACCCAGGGUCUUUAAUCCCUAUAAUAAAAGUUUACAAAGCAAAGAUGGUAUUAUAUGGGGUAGAGAUGUUCGCAAAAAAAAUUCCUUCGUUUCCUUCAUGCUGUUGUUUCGUGUCGACCGAUCAUCUGCACGAAACAACAGGCAACAUUUUCUUACGAAACAAUAGACAACACGAUAAUGAAAGCCACACAGUCAUCGUGCUGGCUUUUGCUUUCUGCCACAUGGCCUCUGUAGUGAACCUUACCUAUUAGGCUGGGAAUGAAACCUGGGUAACAGUGAGUGAGGCAGGCCUCCAUUUUGUAGAGGAAUGCCAGGAAGCCAUCUUGAGUGUGGUUGGAAAGGGGGAGGAGCUUAGAGAGAGACUCCUAGGAUUGGCCAGAGCAGAUGGGAGGAGCCAAGUUUUAGAGCAGGGGGAAAAAAAGCUCCAAGGCAGUUUGGUUUUUGGGUUUGGAGAGGAAAGAGCAGUUUGGAGGAUGUGUGUGUGAGAGAACUGAGAGCUGUGAAACUGACAGGCUAGGUCAGGCAGUUUGGAUCUCUUGGAGGAGAUAACUCAAGGGAUUGACUCUCACUACUGGGCUGGUUAAUAGAAGCACUCUAGGUUAGAGUUAGUUAACUCAGGGGAACUCGUGACUAUUCUUAGCAAAUAGAGCGAGGGUUUUUGUGACCAAUAGAUAGAUUGGUUGGUUAGAACUGUUUGAAACUAAGUGAAGUAAUCUGAAACAUACAACUAAGUUAAGCUGAAGAACUUCUGUAACUGUUUACACUUAUGUACCACUCUGAAGUAAUCAUUUGCAUGUUUUAAGAAAAUAAAUUUUUAUUCUAUUUUCAACUUUCAAAA